AAUAUGUGGUGAUGGUAAUUCGUACAUGCAACAUGGAGUUAUGUACUUUUAAUCAUGCAAAGAACAAUCUAAUGCGCUGGGAUUUGUUUUAGUUAUCACUAGAGGCUAAUUAGCAACUUCACCCGGAAGCCUUUCACUGGUACACCUGAGGUAACUUGCAGAGAAAAACAAACAUAGAAUAAUAUUUGCGUUUGACUUUUCUCGCGUUGUUCUGAAAGAUAAUCUAGUGGAUGGACAAGAUGGCGUCUACAUCAGAGUCGGACAAACCGUCAGUUUCUAAUGUGGAAGAAAACAGAGCUCGUCUCUGCGAUGAGUUUGCUGUAAUAGCGGGAACUGACAGCGCCGUGGCUCAGUGCUACCUGGCUGAAAAUGAAUGGGAGAUGGAGAGAGCUUUGAAUUCAUUCUUUGAGGCAGAUAUGGAGAGAGUAUUCGAAGUAGAAGAUUUUCCAGAGGAUGACACCAGCCCUAAAACCAAAAGGCAGAAGGUUGAUGAAAAACCUGCAGGGGGUUGCAUAGAUUUGACUGAAGACAGUCCCGCCUCCACACGCAAACCCUCGGAAGAAGAUGACGGUAAACUGUCUGUGAUCUCCUGGAAUGUGGACGGACUUGACACAGACAACCUUGCAGAGCGUGCCAGAGGCCUGUGCUCCUACUUAGUCUUAUACACUCCUGACGUGGUGUUCCUACAGGAGCUCAUUCCUCCCUACGUCCAGUACCUGAAGAAACGGGCUGUCAGCUACCUGAUCAUUGAAGGUGGUGAAGAUGGUUACUUCACUGGGAUGAUGCUGAAGAGGUCACGAGUCAAACUGGUGGAGAACGAGAUAAUAACUUACCCCACCACUAAGAUGAUGAGGAAUCUGCUUGUAGCUCAAGUGGAUUUCAAAGGCCAGAAGCUGUGUCUGAUGACAUCCCACCUUGAGAGCUGUAAGGGCCAUGCAGAGGAGCGGAUGAAGCAGCUGCGAGUGGUAAUGCAGAGGAUGAGAGAGGCAUCUGAUGAUUUCACUGUCCUGUUCGGAGGGGACACAAACCUGAGGGACACUGAGGUGACCAAGGUGGGCCUGCCCUCCAGUGUCUGUGAUGUCUGGGAGCAACUGGGCAAGCAGGAGCACUGCCGCUACACAUGGGACACCAAAGCUAACAACAACAAGACUGUUCCCUUUGUCAGUCGCUGCCGUUUCGACCGCGUCUACUUCCGCCCAGCAACCAAGGACGGAGUGCCACGUCUGGCCCCCGACCACAUGGCCCUGGUGGGGCUGGAGAAGCUGGACUGUGGACGCUACACCAGCGAUCACUGGGGAAUCUACUGUAGCUUCUCUGCUGGGUAGAAAUGCACAAAACAAGCUGAAACCUGAAUAUCAAAGCUUUUGUCUUAGAUAAGCUGGUCUAGUUUGUUAGGUGAGGGUUACAGUGCCAGCACAGACUGGGCAUUGACACUGGGCUCAGACCACAGAAACACUUUCUCUGUGAAAGAUGUUCUGACUUCAUCUGAGAUUUGUUGCCUGUAAAUUUUACAUAUUGAUUUGAUUCAUUUUAUUUUCUUAUGAGUCUCUUGUUCAACUCUCUGCUCAUUUUUUUCCUGUACUUAAAAUAGAAAAAUAAAUGUAGAAAGAACAAAUAAAAAAUAAAAUAUCAA